CUAAAAAUAAGAAAUAAAUAAAUAAACGGUCUCCUUUUCCUGCUAAGUCUGUGUAAGAACUGUAUUUUUAAACAUAGGUUUUAUUAUUAUUCAGGAAUGGUGAGGCCCACAGAUUAGGAGGUGAUUGUUAUUGAAAAGAUAGUUUGUCACUCUCAAGCUCCCAAGAAGAGAGGGGCAGACCACAUGCAGGGGCCAUACAAGGAAGCACCAGGGUCAGUCAGGGGCAGAGGGAGCCAAAGGAAAACAGGAGUGACAGCCUUUUGUGUUUUCCAUGGGCAGGAACAAAUAAGGCACGGUGAGUAGGCUCGGGAUUGGCUAGUUUGUAUAAUUUGGGUGGCCUCAGCGGUGUAGGGGUUGUCUCUAGUUGUCUAAUAACUGACCCUGGAGUGAUUCGAGUAGAAGGAUAGUGGCCCAGAGCAUAGGAGCCUGAUCGAGGAGGUGGUUGAGGUAUGGGCUCUGGAUUCGUUGGUUUGCAUGUGAAAACGUACUGCCAGGUUUGUCUUUUACUAUUACUAGGCAUUGGGUAGCCCUGGAAGGGGCAGUCUCUUCAGGCCCACAAGGCCUCAGAUAACAAAUCAUCAGAAAUACAAAAAUAAAAAGGCACAAUUAAUGCAGAUUAACACACCAAACAGGUAUAGACUUAGUAUCAUUUUGCCCUGUGCCGUGUUCAAUGGGUUAGUCCAUUGUGGACAACCCUCUCUUAACACCAAAUGUACCCCACUAACUUAGGCAGAACUUUAAAAUGGUGGGGGAGGGAUGAAUGAGUCAAUAAGAAGUAGAUACAGCCAUUUAGAAAAAAAAGUGCCACCAAAAUAAAUUCUAAAAUGGUAGAAGGUUUAGGUGUAAAGUAUGAAAUUAUCAGCAUACUAGAAGGCUUUGGUGUGCUUACACGCACAGGAGAGAUGCUAUCACUACCAUGCCACUGAGUUGUCCUGGGCAGGGGUGGAUACAGUGUCCUGCUGCUUGAGGGGUACCUGGGCAUGGCAGCAGUCGUGGCACUUACCAUAGCAGAAUAGAGAUGUCCCAGGCGGGCCUUUCUCGUACCAUCUACCCCAGUGUUCUCUAUGUGUUUCAGGCUCCCAGGCCUCAGAGAGGAAGGAAAGCAAAGAAGGUAUAAAUGUAAAUCACUCAUUUAUUUUAUAAUUCCAAAUUGAUGCCUGUGUUUUAUGUGGGGGCCAGACGAGUGUUAGGAAAAUAUUGUAGACUGAUUUCUUGUUCUUAACUGUCCUGAUUCCUAAAUCUGACACUUGAUCAGACUUCAAAGUGCCAUCGCUCUCUCUGGUAUCUGCAGAUUCCUGAUCUGUGACUUCCAUUGGUGUGACAGUGGAAUGACACACUGUCAGCUCUGUGCUGGCCCUUUGAAGUUGCUAUCGGAAUAGACUGAACUGAUUCAAAAAACUAUCUAUCAAGAGGAGGCGAUCGAGAUCGGAUGACAGCAAAUCAUGAGAGCUACCUCCUCAUGGCAAGCACCCAGAAUGAUAUGGAAGACUGGGUGAAGUCCAUCCGCCGAGUCAUAUGGGGACCUUUUGGAGGAGGCAUUUUUGGACAGAAACUGGAGGAUACUGUUCGUUAUGAGAAGAGAUACGGAAACCGUCUGGCUCCGAUGUUGGUGGAGCAGUGCGUGGACUUUAUCCGACAAAGGGGGCUGAAAGAAGAGGGUCUCUUUCGACUGCCAGGCCAGGCUAAUCUUGUUAAGGAGCUCCAAGAUGCCUUUGACUGUGGGGAGAAGCCAUCAUUUGACAGCAACACAGAUGUACACACGGUGGCAUCACUUCUUAAGCUGUACCUCCGAGAACUUCCAGAACCAGUUAUUCCUUAUGCGAAGUAUGAAGAUUUUUUGUCAUGUGCCAAACUGCUCAGCAAGGAAGAGGAAGCGGGUGUUAAGGAAUUAGCAAAGCAGGUGAAGAGUUUGCCAGUGGUAAAUUACAACCUCCUCAAGUAUAUUUGCAGGUUCUUGGAUGAAGUACAGUCCUACUCGGGAGUUAACAAAAUGAGUGUGCAGAACUUGGCAACUGUCUUUGGUCCUAACAUCCUGCGCCCCAAAGUGGAAGAUCCUUUGACUAUCAUGGAGGGCACCGUGGUGGUCCAGCAGUUGAUGUCAAUGAUGAUUAGCAAACAUGAUUCCCUCUUUCCCAAAGAUGCAGAACUACAAAGCAAACCCCAAGAUGGAGUGAGCAACAACAACAAUGAAAUUCAAAAGAAAGCCACCACGGGGCAGUUACAGAACAAGGAGAACAAUAACACCAAGAACAGCCCUGGUAGGCAGUGCUCCUGGGACAAGUCUGAGUCACCCCAGAGAAGCAGCAUGGACAAUGGAUCCCCCAUAGCUCUAUCAGGCAGCAAAACCAACAGCCCAAGGAACAGCGUUCACAAGCUAGAUGUGUCUAGAAGCCCCCCUCUCAUGGUCAAAAAGAACCCAGCCUUUAAUAAGGGUAGUGGGAUAGUUACCAAUGGGUCCUUCAGCAGCAGUAAUGCAGAAGGUCUUGAGAAAGCGCAAACCACCCCCAAUGGAAGCCUACAGUCUAGAAGGACCUCUUCACUGAAGGGAUCUGGUACUAAAAUGGGCACGCACAGUGUACAGAAUGGAACGGUGCGCAUGGGCAUUUUGAACAGUGACACACACGGGAACCCUGCAAAUGGACGAAACAUGAGCUGGCUGCCAAAUGGCUAUGUGACCCUGAGGGAUAACAAGCAGAAGGAACAAGCUGGAGAGUCAGGCCAGCACAACAGACUGUCCACCUACGAUAACGUCCAUCAACAGUUUUCCAUGAUGAACCUUGAUGACAAGCAGAGCAUUGACAGCGCCACCUGGUCCACUUCCUCCUGUGAAAUCUCCCUCCCCGAGAACUCCAACUCCUGUCGCUCUUCCACCACCACCUGUCCAGAGCAAGACUUUUAUGGGGGGAACUUUGAGGACCCUGUUUUGGAUGGGCCCCCACAGGAAGACCUUUCCCACCCCAGGGACUAUGAAAGCAAAUGUGACCAUAGGAGUGUGGGAGGUCGAAGUAGUCGUGCCACCAGCAGCAGUGACAACAGUGAGACAUUUGUUGGUAACAGCAGCAGCAACCACAGUGCACUGCACAGUUUAGUUUCCAGCCUGAAACAGGAAAUGACCAAACAGAAGAUAGAGUAUGAGUCCAGGAUAAAGAGCUUAGAACAGCGAAACUUGACUUUGGAAACAGAAAUGAUGAGCCUCCAUGAUGAACUGGAUCAGGAGAGGAAAAAGUUCACAAUGAUAGAAAUAAAAAUGCGAAAUGCCGAGCGAGCAAAAGAAGAUGCUGAGAAAAGAAAUGACAUGCUACAGAAAGAAAUGGAGCAGUUUUUUUCCACAUUUGGAGAACUGACAGUGGAACCCAGGAGAACCGAGAGAGGAAACACAAUAUGGAUCCAGUGAGCCUGCUUUCGCCUGCCGUCUCCAAUGGCUCUGGCAAGGACUCCAGCGAUUCUGGUGGGAUAUGACUUAGAACCAGGUGGCUGGUCACCUGGAUGUACAGAAGUCUAACUGGUGAAGGAAUAUCAUUUACAGACAUUAACCAUCCAUAUCUGCAAUGUGUACCAAAGUUAUAUCAUGCCCCAUAAUGCUACUGUCAAGUGUUACAACUGGAUAUGUGUAUAUAGAGUAGUUUUUCAAAAGUCAACUAAAAAUGAGAAGCAUAUUUCAAGAAUUAUUUUAUUGCAAGUCUUGUAUUUAAAAUGUUAAAUCAAUAUGUUGUUGCAAUUUAGCUUGCUUUCAAGCUUCAUCCCUUGCACUUAACAUAAGCUAUUUUUGGCAUUGUGUUAUCAUCAGCUUAUUUUAUAGAUCAAUAUUUUUAUUUCCCUUUUUGCUGAGGAAAUGAAGAUAAGCAAAAAUAUAAAUAUAUAUAUAUAUAUAAAUAUAUGAGUUAUUAAAAUCAGAAGAAUACUUCUUGGCUGUGCUGUUUGUGCCAAUAGACUUUGUCAUGACCAAAAAGAGAAAUGUAAAUACUUUUAUAAAAUAUAGUCGAAUCACCAGGAACCCUUGAGCUGCUUUUAAAAUUCUUCCCCUGGCAUCACUCAGUUUUGCCUUUGCUAGACGAUUUGACAUAGGAACUUUGAGACUCCACGAGAAAGUCCCUUUCUGAGGCCCACUGUCUACCUUGCCAGAUUCUCAGUGUGUAUCACCAAUGCAGGAUGCUCCUUAGAGAAGAAAAAAAAUGGUAAAGAAUGGCAUUUAACCAUUCAGGCUUUGAAUUACUCUGUCAUUCUGGACUAAAUCUCUUUAACUGCUGGAUAGUUGUAGAGGAAUUCUUCCUGCUACUUAGGAAUUGGGAAACAAUGCUUGCUAAACCAUGCCCAUGUGAGCACCUGUCUCCCACUCAAACCUCUCCCACCUCCCAACAAUGGCACUUUAGAAUACCAGCAGUGAAAUGGUAUUACUGUUUCCCUCUGAGUGAAACUGCUAGAGUAUGUGUCAUGUAGUGACAUUUUUUUCUCACUCAGGCUAUUGCCAUCUGGGAUUCUCUCCCUACUACAGUUGGCAAAGUUGGUUUGCAGCAAGAAGCUAGUGGGAGGGGGCCAGGGUGCAGGAGGAGAAGAAGAAAAGUUUGGAAGAAACAAACUAUUUUGCUUCUAAUUUUGAUAGUAUCAGUGUUUCCUGUUGAAAAUAUACAAUAAUUUUAAAAGGUGAAUGCCUAAAGUUCCAAUUUUGGCAAAUAUGGGAACCUCAGCAAUGCUAAUUUUCUAGAAAAACCCAGGGCUCUUUGGAGCUAGAGUUUUGAGAGAACAGUUCUUCACAAUAAGACAACGGUUUUGAGAAGCCAGGCAAAUAAUCUUUCUCAUAGUAGAACAGAAAGUUACAAAAGUCAAAAUCAGAAAUAAAGACUGCAUACUCGA